ACGUCCGCGCGCCACCGUCGAAUCAAUACCCUCUGCUUACCUACUGGCUGAUGCUGCCUGCACUGCUACUGCUAUAGCUCUCAUUAUUGUUGUAUACAGAGCAGAACUGGCCGUACUGCCUGCGGUGCAGUGCACAGUGUGGCUCGUGCAUCGUAUACGUACGAUACAACAGACAGUGCCGACUGCACAUUUCGACACAGUGUAUUUUUCGAUUUUUCAAUCUAUCGCAAGGACAUAAGCAGCGCGCAACCGACGAUAUCAUCGCACCCUCUUUCAGUCGCGACGUUUCAUAGAUACACAAACUCGCGAGUGAAUCGUGCGCGACGCGCUUCUACCCCUCUUCACGGCGAGUCAGUGAUGAGUGCGUAUGACAGUUCUGCCUGCGAGCUGUAGUUAUCUGCUGCUUCAUCGAUAUAAGUGUGUAUAAACGACGAUGAGUCUAGCUGAUUCUGCGAUGGCGAGUAAGAUGCAGCAGUUGUAAGCAGGGUGACGGCCAGCGCAUAUACACGGGGUGACAGCUAUCGUCCGAGCUACUAUCACGCAGGAAUGUAGCUACAAUAGACGUUUAAGUUCAAGUUGGUGUGACUAGUCUUUAAUAAUACUAAACUCGGCGGUAUAAGUAGUGCGCGUGCAGCCGUCGACGAGCCUCUCAAGAUCGCGGGGGUUGUGCAGUAACUCGACGAUGUCGUUGUAGUGCCUCGGGCCGAUAAUCAUCGCGAAAGACUGCGCACACCUCGAGCCAUGGCCAGCAGCAAGAACGGAGGAACAGAGAGCAGGAUACCUGUGGCCGCGCGCCAUCAGCAGCGUCCGUCUCUACUGCCAAAGUUACGCUCGAGCCAGGGCGGAGUCGGCCCAGCAGCCAACAACCGGCCGCGCUCUCAGCUAAUUGUACCGACGAGCCACGACAGGCAGCACCUUCACCUCAAGCUCAACAGCUCCGAAUCGAAAUCGUCCAAGCCACCGAGUAGACUCAUUACGCCCGAAAGCGACAAAGAGCAUCAUCUGCUGGGAAAUCAUACAGACUACUCGCUAAUAUGGCACGUAAGCGAUAACAGAGACGCUGAAAAUAUUCUGCGCAUGAAUGACGAUAAUCACGCCGGAUUGCUUUGUUCUCAAGAGGACUUGUCGUCGUCAUCCGGCGGAUAUGCCGGCAAAAAGUCACGCGAGGACAUCAUCGACGAUCUCGUCGUCGGUAGCGGCACGGGCGAUGCCACGGCCAAUUUGGCAUCGCCUACCUCUCAGCCGCAGCAAACGCCAGCUUGCUUCAUGCUGACCAAGCAGAAUUCGUUCGAACACGACGAGAGCAGUUUGGGCAUACUCACGCCCGAUCAGAUGACCGACUUUACCGUCGCGCUUGACUCUUCGAGAACACCAUCCUGCGAAAAUCUCAACGCUCAAAGUAAAUUUCACCAGAGUCAUAAGAGUAGCGCUAUCGUCGCCGCUGCCGCUCGACACCUCGACAUAGCUUUACGAAGCUCAACCUCGGAAACAGCACAGCAACGACUACGUACCAGUGACCGCAGCCCUUCGGUCGAAGACCUACCUCUAGACCCAAAACCUGUCCUCGUGAUCGAGGAAGACGUCCAACUGCUCGAAUCUACACUGCGAAGCGCGGAAGCCUUGGCAGCCGCGUCGCAGCACCUACGAGCGUUGGAUCUGCUCUCGGACUUGUCCUCGAAAACCUUGACGACCUGUACCCUGACCGACUCGGCCGAGACUAGCGAGCACACGACGAGCGGCGCCUGCGGAGAGGAAACGACGACGCGCUGUAGCGCCGCCAGCAGUGCUACAGGGGCCAGCAACAACAGCAGCAGUGGAAGUGCGGGCGUCGGUGGCUGUAUCAUACCCGUCGGCCAGACGCUGCCGACGAGCUUCGUCACCUCGGUCACGAGCAUCACGAGCCUCGAGGCCGGCUACCAAGGGGAUGGCGAGAAUUCCCGACCGGCCAGUCGUGGUCCCGAAGUCGUUGCGUGCUGCGUCGCGCCGGUCGCCAGUCUCGCUGUUGCUGCGUCGCUUCCGCCUGCAGUGAACAGGCAAGAUCCAAUGACGGAUUCGGACUUUUUUACGGAAAGUGACGCCGACGCCCACGACGGCGACAUUGUACGCGGAGACCGCCGUGCCCAAGUGAUCGACGGACGCCUGUUCUGCGCUCCGAACGCGACGUCGUCCAUAAUGGCCACAUCGAACGAGCAUGUUCGCUGCCUCGAGCCUGCCGAAGAGAUGGAAUCUUCUGGCGUAUACUCGGACCUCGAAAAGAGGGAUGUACGCGACGUCGAGCAGGAGGCCGAGCACACGACCACCGACACCGGCGACACGGAAGUUUCUGUCAAGAGUCAGCCUUCGCCAAUGGACUGCAAUCCUGCUCCAGCUCUAGUCACCAAUAUUUUCUUGUCGCCAUCAGGAAUUCCACUGAAUAAGAAUAUCAACGAAUCGAAUUCGACUGCAUCCUCCGCUGAAGUGACUGUGAUUAAGUGCCAAAAGAAUGAACAAAACACUGCGAUGAAAAGUAAAUCAACCAGCUCGAGUAACAAAGAAAAUUCGGCGCCUGUUAUGAAGAAGUUUAAAAUGCCAAAGAGAAAUGUAAAUUCUAAAGUUAAAACGAUGAUCGAAUCGAACCAAAACAAUGUAGUCAGCGAAACCUCAGCACCGGCGUUGGCACGUCGGGUAGCGAGGAAGAAUGGACGAUGGGAUGCUGUGAUGGACAAGAUCGAUGCAAGCAAACAACGCGGUAGAUCCUUAAAAAAGGAAGUCAAAUCGCGAGUGCUGCAAGGACUUGGGACAUCUGCGGGUAGUAGUUCUACAGCAUCAACAUCAUCGUCCGUAAGACGAACUGUCGUUGAUCUAAAUUACACUGGCAGUAAUAAUAAAGAUAAAAGGCGAGUCCGAAACCGUCCAGAGACCAAUCUACCGAAUCAAAAUACGGGACGCAGUGGCUCGGUACAAAGUUCAGCGAGUGACCUCAGCAGUGUCAAUAGCAAAGAAGCUUUGAUAGAAAGGCCGAGAAAAAAUUAUUCAGAACUACAUCAAAAACAAACGAACAACAAAUUAAUAAAGAACAACUCUAGUACGAACUGCACUACAAACAGCAUCAAAACACAAAAUGGCUCAGCUACAAUUGAGCUCCCGAGAGAAACAGCUACCGUUCAAUCUCAGCAGCAGCAGCCUUUGCCGAAAACGACUGCAACUACAACGUCGAGCAAAAACGAACUGCCUAACUUUGCGACAGAAUACGAGCGCCACACGCGCGUCAGAGACGCUUUCCUGUCGCGCUUGCAAAACAACAACAACAACAACACCAGCAGUAGCAACAACAAUAACAACAACAACAAUAAAAUCAGCAGCCAGCUGCAUCAAAGAUUCGGCAAUAACAACAAGAACAACCAGCAUCACAAUCAUCAGCAGCAGUUGAGAAAUCAAAUCAACGGAAACGCGCUCGCUCGGUCGCAUCAGCGGGCGGUCGCGGCGGUGGCAGUGGCAAAGGCCGAGACGAAAAACCAGGAGAUCCAAACCGACGAGCCAAGCAACGAGGCGAUCGCUGCUGCCAGAAGCAAAGAUGAGCAGCAGUCGAAAGAGAACAGCGUUGCCGCGCAGGCCCUUGCCGUUACCGUCCAGUACCUCGCGCAUCAGUUUGACAAGGCGAAAAUCGACGAAUGUAUAUCGACAGAAAGAUUGGUCGAGUUGCGCACGCUUUACUUUUCGGAGCGUCGAAAACUCGAGGAAGCGCUAACUCAAAAUGAAGAAUCAUUGAGGCACGAGCGCGAACAGUUUCGAUGCGCCCUUGCUCUUUUGCGCGAGGAACUGGAACGCGAACAAAAUAAGCGUUCGUUUUUGGAGAAUUCGGUAUGCGAGGAACGUCAACGAGCCGAAGAUUUGCAAAAUUCCCUUCAAAAAAAUGAGCAACAACAACGCGAAGCUCUUGAGCGAAUUGAGCACGAGUAUAAAAAGGAGCUGGAAAAAGCUCUCGAAGCUCAGCAGGUGGCCUCAGUCCCUCGAAGUCGAAACCAGCUCGUCGCGGAAGUUGAGUCGCUGCAAACAGUAGUGGACAUUCGCAGCCAAGAAAACGCCCAGCUCAGGCUGGAAGUUGAUCGGCUUAGAAGAGAACUCGACGAAAGAGAAAAGCUGCAGAUGCGCUACGAGCAGAUGGAGGCCAGGUGCGAGGACCUAAAAGCUCAACUGCAGAGCAAAGAGACGAAUGAGAGGCAGCUGAUGCACGAGAACGAAGUCCUUCAAGCCUCGUCGUAUGAGCUGAAAAAGCAAGCCAGGCGUCUCACGCAAAAGAACGAGGAGCUGCUUUACAAAUUGCGCACCAGAAAUGAUAAUGGAACUGCUGGGUCAGCAAAUCCAGUAUCACCCAGCAGCCAAGCACAAUCCAAAUCUCUCAAUGCGGACCGCACGUGCGAAAAGCAGUCCGACCUACCCGACCAAAACUGCACUUCGAAGUCAGACCUGCAAUCUAGUUCGGUUAAGUAUUUCAUUGAAAAAAGCGACUCGGUUUCUUGGACUUAUGAUAUAAGUGAGGAAUCGUUUUACAUGACAUGUAACAAAUCAACGUCCAGUCUUCCAAGUCGACAGAUAAAUGGCACGCUAGUCUCCCGAAAAAAUCCCCCGAAUCUUUCAUCGCAGAAGAGAAGAAAGAAUAAUAAUGCUACUGAACCUGCGCAAACGGAUAACGUAUCAAAUACCGAAUCGUCGACAGCGCCCAAAAACAAGCUUGCUAAAGUACCAGACGUUGAAUUCGACUGGAACCCUGCUUGCAAUUCUACGCCACUGCGUGGUAAUCGACCGCCUCUUUCAAGCGACGAACAAGCUUGGUCGCUGCCAUCAAACAUCAUUGCCGAAAGCAGCAAGGUAACGACAAAAAGCAACAACCGCAAUGCCGCUGUUACUGCCACUUGUGCACCUGUUAUUCCUAGGAACAAAAAAAUGAGUGUUUCUAAAAUUGAUCGAAAGUGUGUGGAUAUAUCGACCACCGAUGAAGAUGAGGACGAAAAUGACUACGUAGAGGAGGAAGAAGAAAGUGGCCAGCGGCCUCAAGAAGCCGGUGGUGAAGCUAUGAUAUCAGAAGAUGCAUCAGCUCCUUCGUCUAGUAGUGAGGAUGAAUCUUCAGCAAGCAGUAGCGACAUUCCUUGACUGGCAAAUCACCAGAAAAUCACUAGUACGCACAUUGGUCGAUGGCUUAGUGCCAAGCUGAACGACAGAUUUCGUGCUGGCUACAAGUAUUAUUAUUGAAAAAAAAUUACGCGCAAGAACUUGUAUGUAUGCUAUUGUAUGUAUGUUUGUGAAAUGAGAUGUUUUUAGUUUUUUUCACGCCGUAUCUCAAUAACAAUUAUGACGAUUUUUGUAAAUCUCUGCAUCUAAUCAUUGAAACAAAAACAUUACUCGCUCAUUUGUAUUCUUUGAUUAGAUAUGUCCUGAUUUUUUAAGGAUCGAUUUGUUAUAGUUAAUAUUUUGCUAAUCUCAGACAUGAUUGGAACUAUAUAUUUUCAAACUACUGAUCAGCUACAGUCUACGAAAUUGUACUGUUCGAAAAGUUUUAGUUCCUACGUCGUGUCGAAUGAAAAAUAUAAAAACUAAUCUCAGUUGAUCUAAAAACGAAAAAUUUAUUUUCGAAUUCUUUGAAUGAUUGUUUCAGGAGAAUAACUGCAGCGUUAUUAUAUGAAUAGCUGGGAAGGUUGAAUGUAGUUUAGGAAGAUAGUUAAUUAUCUCAGUUAUUUUUUGUUUUUGCUAAAUAAUAUAUGCAUUUUCUGUAAAUAUAUAUCACAUAAUGUUAAACUAAGUAAGUUAUAUGUGAAGAAGUUUAGAACUUAUUCUGAUAGAUUAUAAUUAGAUUCUAUACAAUAUUUCUUUUUGUACAAAUUACAUAAGUUUAUAAAAAUACUAAGUAUGUUAAUGGAGUAAUCUUAUUAUAAAACAAAUUUUAAUUAACCAAGUUGUUUUUGUAUGAGUUCAGUUGUUGGUGCUUUAUUUUUUUAUUACAAAAUGAUUUUCAAAAAGUUUUAUCAAUGCAAAAGUACACCCAUGUUGAGAUGAUCAUUUGCUGAUAGUUGAUUAAUUUUGAAUGUUAUAGUUUUAAUAAUCAUGAGUCUGUAAGUUAAAAGAGGAAUAAGUUUUAUUCGAGAAAUUGGAUGAAGAAUGAAUAUGUAGUAUAUAUUAAAAUACGAAAAACCGUUUUUAUAAAUAAAAUGAACAGGUAUUGUAUGUAAAUUAAGUAUGCUUUUGUUUGAAACAAGUGUGGAAGCAGCAAUAGCCUAGAAAACGAACUACCAUCAGAAUCUCAUGCGCUGUUUUUAAUCGUCUAUUAUUUUACUUAAUGUAAAAAAUUAUUUAAUGUCAGACAUCAUCUUAUAAAUACGACGAGAAACAGUACAGAGAUUUUGUUUACUUAAAAAUAUUGAGCCACUAGUGUAAAGAAAAUACGCUUAGAAUAAACAUUUGUUGAAAAAAUGUAAUUCAUCUACUGCUAAUUGUAAUCAGUAAAUGUGAGUUGAUAAAAAAAAUUAAUAAUAAUAGCUGAAAUGCAAAUCUUUGGCAAAAUAAAUGUGUUAUAUAUAUUA